AUGAUCCACUGGACCGUCAUGCUGAUUGCGGACAUGGUCCAGUACGGCGGGACCAUUCCGCGCGAGCUGAGCGUCCGGAAACUUUCAGGAAAGGGUCAGCCCGGCGGCAGGGGCAUCGUUGACUUGUGCAUGUGCAAGAAGGAGAUCGCGUGGUGCAUGAUCAAGAAGGCACGUGACUUGAAGGUCAGCGAGGUGGCCGUGAAGCGCAUGGACGCGUGGGAGAAAAGCCCCGAGGAGUACAGGAAAGCAAUGUUCAAGGGCAGCGCGUCCUGGGUGGGGACUUUGCCUGACUCGGCGCAGAAAGGCGAGCUCGUCUUCGACAACAAGUACGACGAAGUGAUCAAGCAGGCCAAGAAUGGCGGGCACAGCAUGGAGGAGGCCCUCACUCGCUCCCCCGUGAAGGAGAAGAUGGAUGAGUUCGUUGCCGCGCUGGAGGCGGAGGGCGAUGGCCGGCCAGCGCCAGACAUGGAGAAGAAGGGCAUCGACGUGGAGGACAUUGACUUGAGUGACGAGGAGGAUGGCGGGAUGAUGCUUCCUGGUAUCUCGGCAAAGAAGAUGGACGACAAGGAAGGCGUGCUGGCUCAGUGGGUCACCUAUGCAAAGAACUUGGUGGACAGGUAUGUGAAUUUGCACGGUGACCCUGGCAGCGUCUCCGGGGUCGCUCAGCUGCUGCGGGCGGACCCGCUUUCCCAGAAGGUCACUGGGAAGCAGGAGUACGUGCUUGUCCUGUACGAUGUCACGAGAGCUGGAGAAGCAUCGUCCAGGCCGCACUUGAGACCGCCGCCCUUAAGGGAUGAGCACUUGAAAAGAUGCAUCAAGGGAGCCUUGGAGGGGCUCCAGCCGGCGCAGAACGUUUUGCCACAGAUCCCGGAGAAGGCCGCCUUCUUUUUCAUCGACAGGAACCUGGGCAGUGCAGGCAAUGCCUCGAAGGCCUUUGUGGACGACGGCGGCAAGGUAAUUCCGAAGGUCAAGACGCAGUUGUACGUGUUGACAACGGAGCAGUCCGAGCGACAGGUGAAAGCCCGGGUCAAGGGCAUUGCUACGUUGUCCACCAUGCUGAGUAUGAACGUCUUCAGCCAGAAGACGCUCGAGGUCGUGGCGAAAGAUCACCUGCACGUGCCGGGAAGCACGGCGUCUGAUUGCCUCGGCCCCUUCGAGAGGACGCCGCCAGAAAGCCUCUGGAAGGUGAAGCACGCCAGCAAGUCGGACCUCCUGGGCAAGGCGCUGAUCGCCGUGGGGGGAACUGUGGAUGGCGACCCGGGGCCGGAAGUGGAUCCCGGGCCGAAGCCCUCCAGCAUGGUUCCCUUUUGCUGGCAUGGGCUCCCGACAGAAUUCUACGAAGAGUUGCAUCACUCUUUCUCGGGGGCUGGUUGGGUGGACCUCACCGCUGCCCAUGACAGCUAUCCGUUUGCGGAAGUGUUCCGGGCAAUGCAGCACCCCAGCGACCCCCUCUUCGAGCAGGGCCUCAGAGAUGCACUUCCGGAGUCCAUGCGGAUCAGUGCAACUGUGCGAGCUGAAUUCCCUUCCUUCGAGCCAUUGCAGUGCUUCGGAAUCUUUGCUUUGCGCGAGAGAAGCCUGGUAGGCGAUGUGGCAUCGAAGUUGGAGCGCGUGGCAAUGUUUUGCUCUGUGGACGCAUCUGCAUUGCGAUCAAAGUACCAGCACUUCCUGACAAAGGCCGUGUCGUAUUACCGGUCACAGGCAAGCUGCAGCAGCUUCGACGCGUGGCGACACGUCAUGCUUCAGGAGGCCCGUGCAAAGGGCCGUAGCAUGGAGUCCUUGGCACCGGAGUUGUUCCGGGCAGUGGCGCAGCUGGGAGCUUUCACAGGGUGCACGACGUCGUGCGUCGAAGUCACGCACAGCGUCCAAGAUUGGCUUUGGCCGAAGCGACGGAACAAGCAUCUCAGUCUACAGUGCGAGGUAAAUGAGAUUACGAUCGCGACUUCACCGCCGGGACAGGCAGCUGACGCCAAAACGAUCGCAGUGGCUCGUGAUGUGUGGAGGACCGUCUACGGGCGGCCCCGGGCCAUCCAGCGAGCAGCGCGCCAGGACAAGGGCAAAGAGAGAAGCAAAGGGAAAAGAAGCAAGACCUUGGGUGGUUUUUUCAAGCGAGCCCGUGCUGCGGUGACUCACCAUGCCAGGCAUCACAAGAUCCGGUCUAUCCAGCAAGUCGGGUACGAUGCUGCGCCGGGGGCUGCUGCUGUUUGGAGCGAGAAGAUGAACAAUGAGCUAGACUUUCUGGCAGAGACGCUUGGGGACACAGCAGUGAGUUUGAAACAAGAGGACGCGUUUCAUGCGUGCAUCCUCGGCGGCCAAUUGAAGCAGCCGGACUUCACUCCAGGACAGGCAGAAGAAGCAAAGAAAAGGAAGGCCCGCGCGUUGACGCUGCAGCAAGAGCGUGCGGAGCAAGCAGAGAAGCGACGCAACACCUGCAGUUUCACUGCUGUGAGGCUCUGCGCCGGUCAAAAGUGCUACUUCCAGCCGGGCAUCUCAGACAAUUUGGGAAGAGAGGCCGUGAACAUGAAGCGGGUACGGCUGACUCGUCGCUGGAUCGAGGCAGACUGGUUUGUUCUGGAAAGAAUUGGAGAUAUGGCCACUCAGAAUCUCGCGUGGGCUGCUUGUUUGCUGGGCGGUUUUCUUGUUGAUGCCACUUACAUGCAAGAUGCUGUGGCCGGGAAUCCCAGCGGCGAACCGCGGGGUGUUUGUGUCGCUUUCAAAGCAGCACUCGGAACCAAGCGACGUGUUUGGUGCAGCGCUCGCUUCCAACAGCUGGACGUUUACCAAACAAUGGCCGCGUGCGUUGGCCAAGCAGGCUCACAGUGGAAGUUCGUGGACCUGGAGGACUUCUGUCGCGAGCGUGGGAAGCGGAACGCCAGCCUCAAGGCGAUUGCCUUCGUCACAGAUGAUGAGCAGGAAAGUUUCGUGCAAGAGCUGGGCUCCAACUGCGUUUUCACCCGGGAGACUUUUAUCACGAAGCUGGCACGCAUGGAUGUGUCGGAAAUCUUGGAGCCAGAGCUCUGGGACGAGGCCGGGGAACAGCACGCCGGGCGGCAGGCGAGAGGACGGCCGGCUGCGGCUGUCAAGAAGGCCUCGACAAAGCAGGCCGUCGUGGCGAAGAAGCCAGCGGCCCGGACGAGCAAGUCUUCCUCCAGAAGUCGGCAGACCUGCGCAAUUGCGAGCUUGACACGGUUGGUGUCAGAGUUAGGCACGGAAGCCCGACCGGAGCUUGCGAGUUCGCUGCCGCGAGUCGCACACUCGCCGCGGACGAACAUAAGCAUGGGGUCUUGCUUUGCUGGCUUCGGGACCGACCAUUGGAUGGCCAAGACCUCGGAGUACCUGUCCGAUUGGUGGCUCUCCAGCAAGUUCUGGGUGGAGAAGGAGCCGGCGGCAAGACGAUUCCUGCAAGGGAACCUGGACUGUUUGAGCUUCAAUGACGUCACGGCUACAGAAUUCCUGAGGGAUGCCCCAAGGGUAGACGUCCUGUCAGGGGGUUUCCCCUGCCAGACGUUUUCAGUGGCGGGCUUGAACCAAGCCCUCGGCGAUCCUCGAGGGCUCCUGGUGGCCUACGUCAUCAGCUAUUGCGCGAAGAACCUCCCCAACAUCAUAGUGCUGGAGAAUGUGAAGGGGCUUCUCACGACGCACGCGGCUGUGAUGCUGGAAGUCCUGGAGUUGCUCCGGAGGAUUGUUGAGCCCAGCGACGGCUCCAGAGCGUAUGAUACAUUCUGGAAGUUGUUGGACACCCUAGAGGUUGGUGGCCUGCCACAGCACCGUGAAAGGGUUUACAUAGUGGCCGUGCGCCGGUGCGGUCGUGAUCGCACGUUGCGUUGGCCUGGCAGCAUCCCGCGUUGUUCCGUGGAAAGCUUGCUUGGAAGCCGGAAGAAGCUAGCCAGCUUGGCUGAUUUUCCGUUGGACGAUGUGACCCAGAAGACAGCGCGGAAGAACAUACUCGAAGCCAUGAAGAACGUGAUGGUGAAGGCAGAAGCGCAGCGCCGGCCACCGAUCAGCUACACGCCCAUUGUUGAUGUUGCUGGCACAUCCCUCAACAUGCACUUCGACCACUGCCCGACCAUCACAAGAAGCAGAGGGAACAAACUGGCCUUCUGGUCCUUGAGCCACGGUCGGCAACUGUCGGCUGCGGAGCUCCUGCGCUUCCAGGGGCUACCGUCUUCAGGGCUGAACUGGUGCAUUUCCGACAACCAAAUGGGAGCGCUGUGUGGCAAUGCGUUCACUGGUACAGUUUACGCGCGAGUGCUUGCAGCAGCUUUGCAAAGUUUCUACGGUUAUUCUUGA